AUAUAUCAAAAAGUAUCGCGUAUGCAAAAGUCAAAAGUUUUAUCACAAAUUGCACUUGCAUCGUGUUGUGGUUGUCGUUGGAGGGCUGCGCGCCCACUAAAAAAACAAAUAUGGCAAAACUAUAUAACGCAAUACCGGCAGGCUUCGAGUCUGACGAUGAAGAACUCGACUACUUGAUUGGAAAUCUGAAAAUCAAGCGUCUCGAAGAUAUUACAACAGGUGCUGGCAUCGAUGGGGACUUUGAUGCCACAUUGGACCCAGAGUUUGAGGCGUUCUUCAAGAUGUUUCGCGACAAAUGGAACAUGCACAACAAAUGCAUGUCGCCCUACAUGCGACAGGAUUUGAGCAAGACGUUGAUGCGUCAUGAGAAUCCUUUGCUAUUGGCUUUGAAGAUCUUUGCCAACUGCCCGGAUAACAGCAAUGUGAAGAUCAAGAGCUUGUCAUACUUUGUGCUGGACACUGUGUGCAAACUGCAGGCGGACAUGCCACAGCUGAGCGAGCAAUGCGACGACAACACAAGCAUGAUUGCCUUUCAUUUUGUGAAGACAACGGGAAUGCAAUCCCUGAUGAAUGCCAUGAUUGAGACGUAUCGCCUGCAACAAAUCCGGGAACUGCUUGUGCCCAAGUUGCGGGAGAUGUUGGACGGCGGACAUUACAAGGAUGUGGCACAGUGGGCCAUCAAUCUGAAAUUGACGCAUCAGUUUGAUAUGCUGGACCUGGCGUUUCCACUGAUUGCGCAGGAGAAACUGCCGCUGGCUGAAUUGUACCUGGAGCAGGCGACGCAUCAGCGGCUGCCGUUCGUCAAGUUUCUAGACUCGCUUCUGCACAAGGACAAGUCGGUCAUUGAAAUGUGCGAGAACAUCCUCGACCGCUAUUCAAACCUGAAAGUGUCGCAUCACGUGCUCAGGUAUCGCCCCAUAUCCAAGAUCGUUGAUCGCCUGGCCAAGAAGUAUGGCUUCGACGACUCUGUGACGCCCAACUACAAAUUCACCAAGACCGCCGGCUAUCUGCAUCAUCUGUACCGUGAAUACGAGAAAUCGCACACCAAUCUCGAAAGUUUUCGAGAGCUGGUGCGUGUUCAUGCCUACGAUUAUGCAUUGCAAGCGGAUUUCGUUGGCUAUCUGUUCGCAGCUGGCGGUCCGGGGGAAUUGGAAGCGGUCUAUUGGUCCACAGAGUUCAAGCUGUUGCCGGAGGAUUGUCCGCCCGAAAUAAAGUCAAUGAUCUCACACGAUGAGCUGCGGCACCAACAAAUGGAGCAAAGCAAAGCAGCGGCAAUUGGAACAGCAGCAGCAACAACGACGUCGCCAGCAGCUGGCUGUGAUAUGUACCUGAGCAUGGAUUUGCCGGACGAGUGCCUAAUCAUUGUGGAUACGGCGGCGCAAUUCGAGCGAAUGCUCCAGCAUUUGCAGUGCGAGCCAACCAUCUACAUGGACUCCGAGUGGAUGCAGAAAUUGUGCGUACAAAAUCAACUCUGUCUGCUGCAAAUCGCCACCAUGCACAAUGUGUACCUUAUCGAUUGCCUCGCCAGCCACGAGCUUCACGACGAGCACUGGCGUUCGUUGGGCUCCAGUGUCUUCAACAAUGUGAACAUCAUGAAGGUCGGUUUCUCCAUGCUCAACGAUUUGUCGGUGCUGCAGCGUUCGUUGCCGCUGCAGUUGCGUCUACAGAUGCCACAUCAUUAUCUUGAUCUACGCACCGUUUGGCUGGAACUGAAGAAGCAACGUCAUGGCGUCGAGCUGCCGUUUGGCAAUUUGAAUCGUGCCGGAGAAGCUCUUACGGAUUUGUCCAUGCUGUGCCUGGGCAAGAAGCUCAACAAGGCCAAUCAAUGCUCCAAUUGGGCCAACAGACCUUUGAGACGCGAGCAGGUGCUUUAUGCAGCCAUGGAUGCGCGUUGCUUGAUGCUCAUUCACUGCUGCCUGACCAGAUGUGUGCCGGAUAUCAAUGCGGUGAUUGAGAAGAGCAUUGCGUGCAACAAUUUUCUGCGACGCGGCAACAAUAAUGUUAAAUAAUCAAAUCGACGAUGUGAC